AUGAGAAGCUGUGCGUUUCUGGAGCAUUCUAGUUCCUCCUAUGAGAGGAACCUCAAUAAAGAAAUGGUCAGAGUAAAUAAUGACUGCACCGCAUGGUGUUCCCGUCAUCGGCAGCCCAUUGCUGAGAUGAGGACGGCUUUAAGCAGUGGGAGAUUUGAGCUGGAAGCAUGGUUCAACCCAGGACGAAGCCAUCGUCCAGCUACUGGAUUCCUGGAGGAACGCCUAAGAAAUAUCAGAAAGAGAUCACGCCGUGAAAACUCAGCAGGCCGUAAGAAGGAUUCUCAAGCCAUGAUCAGCAUCUUGGAUAUACCAGCCUGGUUUGCCUACCAGGCAGACCUUGUGCUCCCCUCACUGAGGGUCUCUAUGAGCAUGCGGCUUCCUGAGUCUGGUCAGACGGUCAUAGGCCUCUUAUUCCCUCCUACAGGACCAUCAAACACCGGUCCAGCCGCACAGAGAUUCCCUCCUACAGGACCAUCAAACACCGGACCAGCCGCUCAGAGAUUCCCUCCUACAGCUAUAGGACCAGCCAACACCGGACCUGCCGCACAGGGAUUCACUGCUGCAGGACCUGUCGGUCAGAGAAUCGCCACCACCGAUUAUGCUAGGUUCGUCAAGCUUUUAACCCUCCUGGAGGAAGUGAAAGAGACUCAGCGAGUGCAUAGCAACAUGUUGAAUGCUUUGCUUAAGCAGCACAACCAUGAGUCAUUGCCCAAUGUUCCUGAAGAAGCUGUCUUCCCUCUAACAACAACAGAAGAAGUGGAAGCUAUGAAUGAAAAGUUGCUUGACCCAAGAUUCAUGUCUAGUGUUGUUGCAAUGGUUGCAGAUGUUGGUGGUUCUUCACUGGAUGAUGCAACAAGAAGGAUGAUGAGAUUCCUAAUUUCAAAUGAAGUGGCAAUCCAGUACAGUCUGUUUGGCCGUCAUGGCAAGAAGAGAUUUAGAGAUCUGCGCCUUUUUGAGGUCAUAUACGGUGGAUUGAAGAAGAAUUCAUUGACCAAAGAAGUCAACCAGAAACAGGCAGAAAAGGCUCUCACCAAAUGGUUCACUGAAGCUAAAGACAGGGGUGGAAACAGAGCCAUUAGAGGACAACAGGAGAAAAGACCAUCUCAAAACAUCAAGACAAACCUGUGCUUACUGCCGCCAGAGAGUAGCUCGAUGGCUCUACGCAAAACUGGAGGUGGGGGAUGGGGGAAUGAUGAGGGAAGAUGGGAUGAGAAAGUUUUCAGGAUCCAGGGGGCGGUGAAAUAA